UCCUCUCCAGCAGCAGCUUCAGACGCACUGCAGAGGGCGAUGAAGGUUUGUGUGUCUGUCCCAUAUGUUGACAACCCCUCCUCCCCCGAUGAAAUACACAAUCAUCCUUCACUUAGCCUCCCACAGUUCGUGUGAUGUGGACAGCUGACUGAUGUUCGUCUCUGUGGGUCUCUGAAGCGGCUGGAUGAGUGCGCAGAGGAGCAGUGGAAGUUCGGAGGGGGCGCCAUCGUCCUCUCUCACAGCAGCCAAAGAGGGUGCUAUGGAGGAGCUGCACAGUCUGGACCCGCGCCGGCAGGAGUUGCUGGAGGCCAGGUUUCUGGGUGGAGUCAGUGGAAACACAGCGGGCAGCACCAGCAGCGCCAGCGGAGGAGCCAAAACCUUGACAAACAACGAAUGCUCCAAUCACAGUUUGGGUAGUUUGGGCUCCUCCAGUGAUAAAGAGUCAGAGGGCUCCGAUGGGAAAAGAGGAAGUUCUCCUGCGUAUUCAACUCCUGAAAAGAAGCACUCUGAGUCAUCACGGGGCAGGAAGAGGAAAGCUGACAUCCAGUCAGAGAGCAGUCAGGGGAAGUCUGUCAUUCGGGGACCCAAAAUUAGUGAUUAUUUUGAUUUUCAGGGUGGUAACGGGUCCAGUCCAGUAAGAGGUCUGCCACCAGUCAUCCGCUCACCCCAGAACUCACAUUCCCACUCUGCACCAGGAUCCAGUACCCGGCAGAACAGCUCGUCCCCCACCAGUCUGUGUUUUGGGGACUCUUUGAUUUCUUCUAGACAGAUGUCGGUCAAGAGUGUUCAGACCGACCUGACGGUGGUAAAACUGGCCGCUAUAGAGAGCAAUAAAAGCCUGGACCUGGAGAAGAAGGAGGGCAGAAUAGACGAUCUGCUGCGGGCAAACUGUGAUCUUAGGAGACAAAUCGAUGAGCAGCAAAAGCUUCUAGAAAAGUACAAAGAACGUUUAAACAAGUGCAUCACGAUGAGCAAAAAACUUCUGAUUGAGAAGAGCACACAGGAGAAGCAGGCGUGUCGGGAGAAGAGCAUGCAGGAUCGACUGCGUUUGGGGCAUUUCACCUCUGUGAGACGCGGAGCCUCGUUUACGGAGCAGUGGACCGACGGCUACGCCUUCCAGAACCUCGUCAAACAGCAGGAAUGGAUCAUUCAACAACGGGAAGAAAUCGAGAGACAGAGGAAACUGUUAGCUAAGAGAAAGCCACCAUCAGCCAGCAGCUCACAGUCUCCCAGCACCAACUCUGAGCCCAAACCACGUAAGACCAAAGCUGUGAACGGCGCCGAGAGCGACCCUUUCCUCAAACCCAGCCUUCCUCAGCUGCUAACUUUAGCGGAGUACCAUGAGCAGGAGGAGAUCUUCAAACUGAGACUCGGACAUCUCAAAAAGGAGGAGGCAGAGAUUCAGGCAGAGCUGGAGAGGUUAGAGAGGGUGCGAAAUCUUCACAUCCGGGAGCUGAAAAGAAUAAACAAUGAAGACAGCUCACAAUUCAAGGACCAUCCCACCCUGAAUGAGCGCUACCUGCUGUUACAUCUGCUGGGACGAGGGGGCUUCAGUGAGGUCUACAAGGCGUUCGACUUAAUCGAGCAACGCUACGCUGCUGUGAAGAUUCAUCAGCUCAACAAAAACUGGAGAGAGGAGAAGAAAGAAAAUUACCACAAACACGCCUGUCGGGAAUACCGAAUACAUAAACAGCUGGAUCAUCCCAGAAUAGUGAAACUGUACGAUUACUUUUCACUGGACACAGACACGUUUUGCACGGUUUUGGAGUACUGUGAAGGAAAUGAUCUGGAUUUCUACUUGAAACAGCACAAGCUGAUGUCUGAGAAAGAAGCUCGCUCUAUCGUCAUGCAGAUUGUUAAUGCUCUACGAUACCUGAACGAGAUCAAGCCACCCAUAAUACACUAUGACCUCAAACCCGGGAAUAUUUUACUGGUAGAUGGAAAUGCAUGCGGAGAGAUCAAGAUCACAGAUUUCGGACUGUCUAAAAUCAUGGAUGAUGACAACUAUGGAGUAGAUGGGAUGGACCUGACCUCACAAGGGGCAGGCACUUACUGGUACUUACCCCCGGAGUGUUUUGUGGUGGGUAAAGAGCCUCCAAAGAUCUCCAAUAAGGUGGACGUCUGGUCUGUCGGUGUCAUAUUUUUCCAGUGCCUCUAUGGAAAAAAGCCAUUUGGCCAUAACCAGUCCCAGCAGGACAUCCUGCAGGAGAACACCAUCCUGAAAGCCACAGAGGUUCAGUUCCCUUCCAAACCUGUUGCCAGCAAUGAGGCCAAGGCGUUCAUCCGCCGGUGUCUGGCCUACAGGAAGGAGGACCGGUUCGAUGUGCAUCAGCUGGGCAGAGACUCGUACCUGCUGCCUCCCGUCAGACGGCCCAGUUCCUCAGGAGCCCUGGCUCCUAGCUCCAGCUCCUACUGACCGCUCGCACACAGCCCGGCUGGACAGCGUCCGAGCUGCUUCCCUGGAGCAGGGCGCCCACAUUUACAUGCAGCCAUGAGGAAGAGAAGCUCGAGGAAGUUUGUCUUGAAUUCAUGUGCUUUUGCAUCAAUGAGAUUUGGGUUUACUGAGAAAAGUGAGAAAAAAGGAAAUAAAGCAUGAAAAUGUAGACACACCCGGAGAAUGUCACAAAGUCAUUCAAAUAAAAACAAUGCCUUCUGGAGUCUCAAUAGGGCACAGCUACUGUUAAGUACUUUGAAAUGUGACUGUUUUCACUCGGUUAUUCACAUGGUUGCCUCCCAGUUCAGAAAACAGAGAGACCUGGCGAGCCACUAUCAAUUCCCACGGUCUCUGCUGGGUUUCUGUAAAUUUAAGGAUUUGUUUCUUUCAGAGUUACUGUAACUGGCCUGCAAAGGUUUCAUUCUUCACUCUGUAGUAAUGCUAUGUGGUACAGACAACAGUGUUAGCUUUCUUGUUUUGUUCAGCUAGCUACGAGAAUGUAAUCCUAGCAUACAGAGCGUCUGCUGGCACACUAGGCCCAGGCAGCGUGCUAAUGUUAAAUGCACAAAAGAACCAAAUCUAGAGGAAUGGCAAUGUACAGAAUCCUGUGCAGGACAAAAUAAAGUAUCCCCUCUGGAGAGUUCAUGUAUAUUUGUUGUACAGGAUCUUAAUUUCAGAUAUUAACUUUCGGCAGAUUCGUUCUGUACAGAGGUUUAACAUUUUGCAUAAUUUCUUGUAAAUUUGGUUUCCUGGAGUGUUUUUUCUUUGUUAUUAUUAUUAUUUUGCUGCUUUGAUGUUGCUCUUUUUCAAACCGCUGUAUAAUGUACUUUGGGUAUAAAUUGUACAGACCUGUUAAAAGAAUGAUUGCAAAUAAAUGCCAGGAAGCUGCA